GCACAGUUACCUCAGUUUUACACCACAGAAUCGUGUGAUAAAAUCCGAUAAAUUAACGAUAAAUAAAUUUUCCCAGUCACCCCAUUGUUGCAUUAAAAAUAACGGGAAAUGAUAACCCGAGACGUGAUAGCAAAUUAAUAAUUAGAUGGAGUGAAACGACAAAAAUGAAGAAGCACCAGUUAAAAUCAGGGAAUGAAAGUCGAAAAAAAUUGGCAAAACAUUAGUGUCAACAUUGGCAAACGGUCGGUUGGGGAUCGAUGAAAAAUUCACCAACAGAAGUUGACAAUUCUGAUGAUAAAUCAUUAGACAUGUCUGCGACAUCCCCAAGUAUGUGAAAUUCUCCCCCCGUCAGUGGAAUUCCUCGAGUGAGCGGAGGCUGAGCUUUUUUUUUCUGAAAAAAGCUCGUACACGAGAUAAAAAUAUUUCGAAUAUAAAUAAAAAAUAAAUAAAUAAGGAAAAAGUGGAGAGAAAACGAGUGAAAAAGCUGAAGGGGGCGCUGAUAUCAAGACUCAGUCGUUGCUUUCACUCGUUAUCACACACGACGCACGAACGUCGUCGACGGAGGGUUCGUCGGUUGAGUUGUGGUGGAGGGGUGCGGUGGUGGUGGCAUCGAAAAAAUUCCCGAAUAACGUCCCAAAAGUUUCCCCUUCCAACCCCCAAGUAUCAUCCCCAUUAUUCAAUGAUUUUCGACAGACUGUUCUCUAGAAAUAGACCUGUGAUUAGUUAACUAUGUGUGCAGUGGCAUUGCGGGUGGCGUUGUCGUCGGUAUUUCAUUAAAAAAAAAAGAAGGGGUAGUGAGACUCCCUCUUUUUGGUCUAUAAUCACCCCCGAGUAUUGUUAAUUCACCCAACUUAACCGUCAAGUGAUAAAUAUUGAAAAAUCAUCACAACCCCCACCGAAUAAUGAUAAUCCGGGGGAUGAAAAAUCAUCGAAAAAAACCUAACUAACAAAUAAUGACAUCACCGGGGUUAAAUAACAUUUUUCAUAACUAAUAACGUGCCAAAGUGGGACGGUCCCUUGGCCCUCCUGGGAUAUGACGUAAUGGCAAGAGAGGAGUUACGGAACAAAAGACCUUUCAAGAUAUGGGACAGCUGGCGUAAUGUGAGGAAGGGUCUCGUUGUUGGCAAUUUCGAGGAACUUGUACACAGAGGUAAGGAGAAAUUGGGCGUGCCGCAGAAUGAGAACGUGAGCCUGGUAUUGGAGUCUGAUGGAACGCAGGUCGAGGACGGUGAAUACUUCAAGACCCUAGCUAAUAAUACAAUACUAUUGCUCCUGAGGCACGGCGAGAGAUGGUGUCCAACUGGGGUGGACAUUAUUCGCGCAGCCAUAUCGGCAAUACCGAAAAUAGUCUGUGAAACAAUUCAUGCAUUAGAAUUGCACGAUGAGACACCCUCGUGGAAGAUCAUGGACAACAAGGGACGUAUUACCGUGGUACUCCAUUGGGACCAGCGUUCCACAAAUGCAAGCCAUCAUACCCAAUCCCAGCCCCAACAGGCAACAGUACAACAGCAAAAAGGUGAUCCAGUAAGUUCAAAAUAUUCACCAACAAAAAAAAACGAUUUAAGUAAUCAACGUCCAUCACUGGUGAUACAGACAAGUCUGGAUAAAUUGAGUUACGAUAAAUCAAGCCACGGUGAGCUACUAGCACCACGUUACAGUAGUCCCCAAAUAACUGUGAUAAAUCAUGACGACAUAGUGCCAAAGAGAUUCACUAGUCAGAGUAAUAGUUCCUACGGAUCAAUAACAACACAAUUACCAUCAUCACAGCAACAGCAACAGCAGCAACAACCGCAACAACAACAACAUCAUGGAAUGACAAGGGGUCUUGUCAAACAGGGAACUAAUUCAUUCGAAAGUACCACCAUUCAUAUCCACACACCAGAAUGCUCAAAUCGUAUCCAUCAACCAAUACGAAAUGGUAGUCCAGUUAAUGGUGCUGAUGAUGGUCCAAGUGAAUGUGAUUUUCACUGCUGUGCACUCCACGAAGAAGGACGUAGAAUUGCGGUACACAAAUCCGUAGCAACAUCACCAAUUCAGGAUCAACAUGCUGCCCAGCGUGAUCAACAUCAGCAACAAACCCAGACACAAACACCAUCACCACAGCCACCAUCAUCAUUAUCAGAUGGCACCAGACGUCCGGGUAUGGUGAAGGGACACGUUAGAUUUCGUGAUACAACUGAUGAAGAAUCAUCACCACGUAAUUCAACAUUUCACAUGCAGCAUCACAAUCAUUAUCAGGAGCAUGAUAGUUCGGAAUCUGAAACUGAGAAUACAAUUAUGGAGGAUGAAUUUGAGACAUCGGAAAAAUUUUUAUUACUCAUUGAUCAGUUAAAUGUUAAUCAAAAACAUCACUUAAGUAUCAAAGACAUUGGAAUUAUAUUGGAGAGAUUGAGCUCCAAAAUACUUGAUGUUGAGAGACUCGAUCGUGAAAGUGAGAGCGAGGAAUGUUACAAUUGGACCAUCAAAGCUAUUAUACGAGGUGAUGUGCUGACCGAAGUCGGAAUUAGUUACAAUGAUAGUUAUUACGUUAUGAGUGAGCAUCCGGGAUAUAAAGAAGAGUCUGACGAAAAUAAUGAGGAUAACGAGGAGGAGGAAGAGAAUAGACUUUAAUAAUUAUCGUUUUUAAAGAGUAAAAAAAUAAAUAAACAAUAAAACAAAUUAGCUAGCAUUGUAACAUUGUUUCAUCUUGCCUCCAACUUUCUACUCGAUCAUUAAAAAUUGAAAGAAAACACUGAUUAAUGUUUGUGAUGAUUUUUAAUCGAAGUUGGAGCAGAGCAAAUGAGCAUAAAUAAUUCUCUGUUGUUGUUUUGAUUUAUCAUUUGCAUUUUUUUAAAGGGAAAACGUAGAAUGAUAUUGCAACCUCUGUUACUAGGAAUUUUUCACGAGUCAGGAGUUGAUAACAAUUCAUCAUAAUAAAGUAAAUACGAUAAACAUGAGAUGAUGAGGAAAAAACAUUAUAAACAUUAGAUCUAAAGACGGUUGUUGAAUAUGUACUUAUUGAAUAGUAUGUAUACUUGUAGGAAACAUUUUUUGGGAUACGGAUGCUCUCCGUAACCGUCCACGACACUGCCCUAUCUUAAAAGAGAGAUUAAAAAAAUAAUAAAUAGCUAACAAUUAAUGGAAAAUUGUGAAACAAAAAAUUAGACAACGGAUUGUGAGGAUAAAUAAUGAAGCGUUAGAAGAGAGAAGUGAGAUGAUGAUAGUGGAUUCAAUCAUCAUUUGAUUUGUCAUCGGGGUUGGAACGAGUAUCGAAUCAAUUACGUAUAUCAUAGAGAUCACAUUGAAUCACAAUUCAUUGGAAAAUCACCUCCUCACGAACAUGUGAUUGUUUUUGAAUUUAUGAUUUCACUGCGUUGACGUACACCGAUGGAGAAAAUUAAUUUUAUUGAGAGAAUUUUACUUGAGUUGACUAUUGUGGCGUUGAAAGUUUUUAAUGAGUCAUCAAUGAACAGUAGUUAUGGCUUAUCUCAAAUUGAUUUGAUUAAAAGAAAUUGAAGUUCUUCAGAAUUGAAAUUUUAUCGCUUUUAUUUAUUGGGAUGACGAGAGCAUUUGAUUUGUUAACAAGAUUUAUUUUUUCUGGUAAUUCCUUGGUGCACUUUUUUCUUAUUGUUUAAAGUGCUCAAAUCUACAUGAUUUAUUUACACUGUGAAUUUACUUAUACGAGAUGUUUAAUUACAUUGAAUGGGACUAUAUAUUGCCCUGUCUUUAUAACUAAUUUGUGUCAGGUUCUGAGUACUUUUGAGUUUGUUAAUUUUAACAGAGUGGACUGUUAUUUGGUAUUUUGAGUUUCCAUAAUUCUGUCAAGAGUAUUGACCUCUCAUUGUUCAAUUUGGGGCAGAAUCAGAGGAUGUGCUCACUGUCUUGUGUUUGUUAAUUUACAGUUAAUUUACUCAUUGAUGUAUUUAUUUCAUGAGUAUAAACUUUUUAUUAAUUUAAAAGAGUAAAAAAUUGUUUAGGCCGACAUCACAUUACGUUAAAAAAAAUCAACUUUUUUAUUUUCUUGAUGAAUACAUAUGACUCGUCUCCAAGAGCUGUUUUAUCUGAUUCAAGUCAUUAUAAGUCAUAGACAAAUUAUUGAUAUCCCCGAUAAUAACUUAUAUUUUUCAAUUUAAUUUUAGUAAUUGAUGCAACUUCUCAAAAAAAAUAUCUCAAUAAUUAUUGACCUUCUCCAUAGGAUCCCAUAAAUUUCAAAAUAAUUUUAGUAAUUGAUAAUUGCUCUCAAGAAACGAUAUCUCAAUAAAAAUAAUUAUUUCUGUCAAUGUACGUCAAUCGAAACUCAUAAUGGGUAAAGCAGAGAAUUAUCGUAAAUGUAAUUGGGCCCGGAAUGUGCGAUAACUUGUUGAAAUGGAGGCGAGCAUUUCAUAAUAGUUGAUUAAAAAAAUUUUUAAUAAUGUUUUUUCACAUGCGUUUUGGAAAAAAAAAUGAUUGCAUACGAUUUCAACUCAAUGUUAACGCAACGCGUCGCAUCACAUUUUGUUGUUGGAUGUGAACGAAUGAGAUAUUUAUAUAUGAACUAUGUCACAUAAAUAGAUUUAAUCCCCUGUAACGAGAUAAAUGAACUAUCGCGAGUCAACGACUCGUCAGACAUUUGUCUCCGAAGAUAUUGUUUCUGUUUAAAACUUUAUGGGAUAAAUUUUAUUGUUUGUUAAUUUUUAGAGAGGAGAGAGUGUACGAAGGAAUUAUUUUUCCAGUCUUAUGGGACCCUUCGUUAUUUUGUUAAAUUCAUUCUAAUUAAAUUCCUCUCUGGGGCGACAAGGGCGUGAUAAAAUGAGGAAAAAUCGAUGAUAAUUUAUGAACUCGAUUGAUUGGUAAUGUCGGUGACGAAAUCGAAGAGCCUUCGCGGCCCUCUGAAACUAAUGAACAAUUGCUGAUGGGAAAUAUGACCGAAGAACGAAAUAUAAUAUUACCAGUGGCAAGUAUGAAAAGUUUGCAAUUUUAAUAAAUUUCUAUUUCUAAAUAUUGUACGCGUAUUAUCCUAGUAGCAAUUCACUGUCAGUUGAUGGGUCUGAGGGGUAAAAGAGGACGAUGAGGGAGAUAAUGACGGGAUAAAUGACAUCAACGGUUUAAAAUGUAUUUAAAAUUGAAAUAUGAGUGCCAAGAAAUCAAGUGAUAGAAACUCAAGACGUAGAGAAUCAUUAUGUGCCAACAAUGCAUUUUAAAGUCUUCGAGAGAUUCCGGUAAAAAUUACCGAUAAUUUUUUUUAAACGAGUGGAACAAGUCAACGCGAUGGGAGACGCGAGAAAUUUCAUUUAAUUUUCUUUAGUGAACUGAAAAAAAAUCUCUGUUCAUUCGAAAAUAAUCUGAGAUGUGGAGAAUCAUUAUGUGUCAAUAAUACAUUUCCAAGUCUUUGAAAAUUGAUGUUAAUUUUUUUGAAACGAGUGGAACAAGUCAACGUCACGGGAGACGCAAUAAAUUUUCUUUAAUUUUUUUUAAUGAAUUGAAAAAAAAUUCUAUUCAUUCAAAAAUAAUCUCAGAUAUGGAGAACCAUUAUGUGUCAAUAAUACAUUUCCACGUCUUUGAAAAUUGGCGUUGGUUUUUUUUUAAAGUGAAACAAGUCAACGUUACGCGAGACACGAGUUAAUUUUUUCAAUUACUGAUCUGAAAAAAAAUUCUUCGUUCAUUCGAAAAUAAUCUGAGACUUGAAAAAUCGUUAUGUGUCAAAUAUGCAUUUGCAAGUCUUCGAAAAUGGUCGAUGUUUAAAAAAAAAAAGUGGAAUAAGUCAACGCGUCGGGCGACACGAGUUAUUUUCCUCAGUUACAGAACUGAAACGACAUUCUCGGUUCAUUUGAAAAUAAUCUGAGUCUUUUCUAACAUCGUCCCUUCCUCAAUCGUGCACAUUGUUGCAUCAGCACUGAGAGAAACUAAAAAAUCCAGGGACGCACUGAAUUUUCAAAAGAAAAAAAUUCAAUGUCCGCAUUUAUUUUCUGUUGUACAUCUGCGUAAGAACAAAUCACGUUCGAAGAAUGAAUACAUAGGAGAGUGAAGCCAGUACAUAGAUAAAAUAUUGCCAAUUCUGUACAUCAAAGACAAAAAAAGGUAUAAGUGGGGCGAGGAGCGUUGAAAAACGAGUGAAUGCAUGUCAUGGAAUUUUUUAAAUUAAGGUUGUUGUCUUGUAAAAAAUUCACUCGACAGUUUUUGUUGAAAUUUUUACAGUGAAUAUUUUUCAAAAUAGCCGGAAGUGUAUAAAAUCACUCUCCGUUUGAAAUGGUCUGUCUUGAACUUGAGACAGAAUUUUUUUUUUUAUUUGAGGCCCUUUUCAAAUAUUUAAAUGGAGCCUCACGAAUUAGAAUUUUUUAAAAAUCAACGGCUCGAUAGUUUUAAAAAUUUUUUGUUUAGGGUAGAACCCAUAUCAUCGAAGACAGAAAAAUAAAUUGACCGUUGGUCAAUUGACCGUUUUGUUCCUCCGAAAUAAUUACAGAAAUUUCAUAAAUUAACAUAAUUGAAAAUAGUUACAAUGGAAAAUAUACAUUCCACCCAAUCAAUUAAUUACUAGACACAAUCAAUCACCUAAUGAACACAAUCAACUAUAAAAACAUUAUGCAUUAAGCCCCUCAACAUCGCAUAAACUUUCUACAGAGACUGUCGCAUGACAACAACCUUAAAACCUCAAGCUCUAAUUACCGAUGAUAAUCAUCUGGGUGUGAUGCUCAACAAUUAUUAACGACGAAAAUUACCAUUUUAAUUUCCAUCAAUUAUCCAUUCUAUUGUUGCAUCCCUCACUGAUAUACUCAUUAACAUCAGACACGUAAUAAGCUAGUGUGAGGCGUUCAGAAAUGGAAUAAAAAAAAAAAUGAACAAGUAACGCACACCUAAAGGCGCGAGAACACAGACGUUGUCAUCGCGCACUUUGUUAGUAGGUAGUACUGAAUAAUAAUAAUAAUUAACGGAAAAUAAAUAAUGAAUAGGUGAUAAUGAAAGACAGCUGAUAAGGGAAUAAAAAAAUCUGGAAAAUAACAACAAAUUAAAAUGCGUAUUUAUAUCGAGAGCACGUGCAUCUGCGGCGAUAUUAAGGGAGUUGUAAGAACUAGGUGCAAUUCGAGGCGGAUUUUUCAAUCAUUUAGCCGAUUAAGAGUUUAUAAGAACUAAAUAAAACGUAAUAAUAAACAGGAUGAAUAAAAAAAAAAUGGAUAGAUGUUAGCCAAGAAAUUAUACAUUAAUCGAUCCCUAGAUAAGACUAGCCUUGAACAAUUAAUAAUCGAUCAUCGAAACAAGCUCGAUGAUCGUUCUUAAAUUAAUUUGAAAAAAAAAAACGUAAAGCGUUGAUCCUAACGAAUAAAAAAAAAUAUUUUUCCAUUAUUUCCCUUGAUUGAGAGUGAAUUUUUCAAUUAGAUUUUCUCAGUGGACUUUCAGUAAACGAUUAUUCCAUUAAUAUUUUAUUGAGAUGGAUCGUUCCUUUCAGCAAACCCGUGUACAUAAAUUUUCACAUUUUCUUUUUCUACUAACAAAAGAAAAAUGGUACAUUAAAAAAAAAAAAAAUCUUCAAUAACGAUGCGAAGAUGGAGGCAGAGGUAAUUUGGGUGAAGAGGAAUAGUUGUAAGAUUUUUCGAACGUUGCUCACACGUCACACACUUGAUAUAUAUCUAUUUAUAUGCUAGCCACAUUAACUCGAUCGGAUCUCACCCUUGAAGGAAAAAAAAAUGAAAUGAAUUUGCGAGCGUGAGUGACUGACGUAUGUAUGAGUGUGUCAGCGAGUGUUAUGGAAAAGUUUAUGUAAGUUGAAAGAAAGAGAAAGGAAAACAAAAUAAAUACAAUAAAUUAAAAUAAAAAAUUGGUAAAGGGUAAAUUUUAUCGGGGGACGACGACUCGGUGAGUAAAAUAAAUAUAGUUGAUAUGGAUAAAUAGAGUUGAUAUGAAGAAAGAUAUUCCAUAGGGGUAUUUUGAAAAAUAUAAAUAAAGGAAUUCGUUCGGGAAAAUUUAUAUUAAAAAAUAUAGUUUGAUUGGCACGUCGACUCCUCUAUCACUCGAGUUUUUCGAUAAUAUCUCCGGAUCUAAGGCAGAUAGCGAAAUUUUUGUAAUAACAUUUUUUGUAGUACUAAAGUUUGUCUACAAAAAAGGUUCUAUCAAAACUUUUCGCAUCUUGCUUGGAUUCCGAGAUAUUUAUUAAAAACUGAUCGAUGGUCGAAACUGACUCAUCUCGGGUUACCCCUUCGCCACUAAUAUUUGUUAAAUAAAUUUAUUCGUUGGGGAAAACACUCAAUUUUCUCUUGAAUUUUCAAUAUGUUGAACAUUCGAUGAUGGUUCCUCCUGAAAAAUUAUUUAAUUGAUUAAUUAGCUUCAUUGAGUUCCCAAGAUGAAUCGAAAAUUCAAUUGGCCCAAUUUCCAUUCCCAAAAAUAAA